AUGCAGCCAGAAGAACGACCCUGGUCAGCUCGAAGGCUUCUGUUUGGGAAGACCCUGCGGAAGUCCAUCAGAGAGUGUUCAUCAUCAACCACACAAACAAUACAAUAUAACUUAAGUCCAAAUAUCCCAAAGACUGAAGGGAGGAAGCUGUAUUUUGACACGCACACUGUGGUCUGUGUUCUGGAAGACAAUGGCUUCACGACGCAGCAAGCUGAAGCCUUGGUCAGCAUUUUGGUCCAAAUGUCAAACUCCAAUAUGGAUAUUAUUUACGCCGACAUGGUCACUAAAGUGCAACAGGAGAUUAUGUUGCAGCGAGUAAUGUCUCAAAUUUCAUCUGUUAAGAAGGACAUGAUUAUUCUUGAAAAGAGCGAGUUUUCCACAUUAUUAGCAGAGAAUGAGAAACUGAAAAUCCAGUUAUUGCAGCUCAAAGUCCAGAUUGCAGAUAUUAUGAACAAAGUGCGCUCUGACAAUCUUAUGGACAUGAAUUUGGAGAAAAGUCGAGUAAAGGAGUUGAAAGCGGAACAUGACAAGAGACUCUUGGAAACACGAACGGAAAUAAUGGAAAUGACUGCUGAACAUGAGUGCCACCUCACUCAGACCAAUAUGAAGAUCGACACUGAAGUCGCCGGGUUAAAAACUAUGUUGGAGUCUCAUAAGUUGGAUACAAUCAAAUAUAUGGCAGGGUCGAUAUUCACAUGUCUCACUGUGGUGCUCGGCUUUUACCGUAUUUGGAUGUGA